ACGCGGUGCGGUAGACAUUGUUUCGCGGGAAGUUUUUAGUGUGUUUGUAAAGUCCAAACUUGAAAACAAACAGUAACCUCAAGGAGCGCCAUGGAAAGUGUGGGAAAAGUCACUAGGUCAUCUUCAAGAAAGAAGAAUGCAUCUAGUGCUGUGGACAGUGUGGUUAAAGUGGACAGUGCUACACCAAAACUACCCAGCAGUCGUACUAAAAUAACGAAAAAGAGAAAACAAGAUGCAGAUUCUACUAUUGAUUCACCAGGCACAUCUCGUACUAAAUCUUUGAAAAAGAAAUGCGAGCCAACUGCUUUCAAAAGAGGCAGGAAGAGCCUUGUACCAUCUUUAUCACCAACUGAUGCAAUAUAUGACACCAAGAACGAUAAUCGCCCUAAAGUAAAGAAAAUGAAGGAGCUUCAUCACACUGCCUUGCAGCAUGCUUUAGACAAAAUGGAGAAUGAUCUUGGUGCUGAUGCAAAUGUGGAGAAGAUGUUAGUGCUUGCCAGAGAAGCCUUUGAAAAUGCAUCCAAAAAAAUACAUGCACAGGGACUCUUCAUCAAAGCCGUUGAAUACACGGCAAGUCGGGUCCCUACCUUGUCGAGAGACCUGCAGGGACAACAAGAAGGAAGUGACUACAAAGAAUACACGAAGAAGUUGGCUGUAGAGAGUGAUAAAUGGGACAGCCUUUUGAAUGAACAUAAAGAGCUUGCAGAUAAAGCUAGAGAGGCUCUCGUGCAAGAGCACAUGCCAAGCAGCAACCCACCCGAAAAGUUGGAGCAGGACCAGACUUGGAUCCUGGAUGGCAGACCGGACUACGCAGCAAUGCUACAACAGUUGAAGCACAAUCGAGGAAAACUCGCUAUCCAUGUUGAGCAAGUGUGUAAGGAUGUCAACACACUGCAUAGAUUUCAGGAGCACACCGAGGGAUAUGUGUCAGGAUUGGUCGCCCAGUUCCAUAAUACAUCAUUUAAGGAUAUAGCUGCUGUUGUGAACCCAAAGACAUUGAUAGAGAAAUUAUGUAAGUGAUGCCUAGCCAGAGAGAGAAGAGGCAUAACUAGGACAUUCAACAUUCAUUCCACAUUGUGGGGGCAAUUAUGAGAGUUGUGUGGGUAUUGUAAAUACUUGUGUAGAUAAAAAAAAUUUCUAUUUUAUUUUUCUCUUUAGGUUUUGUUAUUAAGGAUACUGUGUUGACAAAAUGAAAUAGAUUAAGCUUGCAACUAUAAUCUGAGUUUAUUAGAAUAGAAACUAAACAAGUCUAUAUGCUUCCAUAAACAUUAAAUAUUUACAUAUAUGGGCUCACAAGUUUAAUUAUAACUUUGAUAAGGCUUACUAGAAAAAGAAAUGUUCUACUAAUUACUUAAAACUAUUGGUAUUAGGUUGGAAAAUGUGAUAGAAUUCAGUAUGCUAUCAUGAUCAUAGCAUUCUUUUCUUAUUAACCCAGGAUGACUACUUCUGUCUGUCUGUUGGUGUGUAUAUAUUUUUGGCAUCAUUUCUUGAAUUAGAAUGGGCACAAUAUAAAUAUUUGUACAGAUUAUUUUCCUACAUUGAUUUUGAAGUAUAUAAGAGGUUUGAAUUUAUGGACUAAAAUAGAAAGUAAUAAAAGUACUUUGUAUAUAGUAUA